GCAUAUUCGUAGUCACAUAACACGCCACAAAACAAAUUGAUUACUUUUAUAAAACACAGUGCAAAGUAAAUGAUAUGAUAAUAGCGUAAUACUAUCAUAUUUUUUUAUUUUAUUUUUCCUUAGAUUUAAUUCAAAAUAUAUUAAAUCCUAGUGUACAGUUUUCAGUUUGCUGACAGUAAAGUGCCAAAGGUGUGAAGGUGAAGUGCAAUAAAAUUUAUAUUCUUAAAGAGCUUAAAAUGACAACAACUGAUCACUUUGGGCUGAAAUGGGACCCGAAGAAUUUAGAGAUAAGGACAAUGUCUGUCGAGAAGACUUUGGAGCCUUUGGUGCUUCAAGUUACAACACUAGUCAAUACAAACGGCCCAUCAAAGAAGAAGAAAGGCAAGUCCAAACGUGCGAAUGCAUUGGUAAGCACAGUGGAAAAAGCCACUGAAAACUUCAUCGAAAAAGGAGAGCAGAUUGCUUAUGAAAAUCCUGAUAUUACUGAGGAAAUGCUUGCAGCUGUUGAUGAAGUAAGAAAGACAGGUACACAAAUGAGUAGAGAUGCUAGGGAGUUUUCAGAAGAUCCCUGUUCUUCAUUGAAGCGCAGCAAUAUGGUUCGGGCAGCCAGAAAUUUAUUGUCAGCUGUUACACGGCUACUUAUUUUGGCAGACAUGGUUGAUGUCCAUUUACUACUAAAAUCCCUUCAUAUAGUAGAAAAUGAUUUGGAGAAACUGAAAAAUGCAUCAAGCAAUGGAGAACUGCUGGAUAAUAUAGAAACAUUCAGGCAGAAUGCAAAUGAAUUAAUGAACCAGGCUGCUAAGAGGCAGCAGGAACUAAAAGACCCUCAGCUUAGGGAUGAUUUAGCUGCAGCAAGAGCUGUUUUAAAGAAACAUUCUACUAUGUUGUUAACAGCUUCAAAAGUGUAUGUACGUCAUCCAGAGCUUGCAGCAGCUAAAGCAAAUAGAGACUAUGUUCUCAAACAGGUUUGUGAAGCUGUGAACACUAUUAGUGAUGUUGCUCAAGGUAGAACACCUCCAGUAGCAGGCCCGUAUGAUGGUCCAGGUGAACUUGCUGCUGCCUUAGAUGAUUUUGAUGAAAAUAUAGUAAUAGAGCCUUUGGCAUAUAAUGAGGUUCACACUAGGCCAUCAUUAGAGGAACGUUUAGAAAGCAUUAUAAGUGGUGCAGCACUCAUGGCAGAUUCAAGCUGCACUCGCGAUGAUAGACGAGAACGCAUUGUUGCUGAAUGUAACGCUGUCCGUCAAGCACUGCAAGAUCUUUUGUCGGAAUAUAUGUCAAAUAUGGGUAACAAAGAUAAAUCUGAGAGCCUAGCAAAUGCUAUAAAUAAUAUGAAAGGGAAGACAAAAGAUUUGAGGAGACAGCUAAGGAAAGCUGUUGUGGACCACAUAUCUGAUAGCUUCAUGGAGACUAGCAUUCCUCUACUGAUUCUCAUCAAGGCAGCUGAAAACGGAGAUGAGAAACAAGUAGAGGAGAAUGCCUACGUUUUUACUGAACAUUCAAAUAAGCUCGUUGAGGUCGCAAAUUUAGUUUGCAGUAUGUCCAGCCUUGAGGAUGGAGUUAAAAUGGUGCGCUAUGCGGCCGCCCAAAUUGAUUCACUUUGCCCUGAAGUAAUUAAUGCAGCUAGAAUUCUAGCAGCCAGAUCCAGGAGCAAAGUUGCUCAAGAAAACAUGGAUGCCUUCAAAUAUAAUUGGGAGAAUCAAGUCAGAAUUUUAACAGAGGCCAUCGAUGAUAUAACAACAGUAGAUGACUUUUUGGCUGUCUCUGAAAAUCACAUUUUGGAAGAUGUGAACAAGUGUGUCCUAGCUCUUCAGGAGAAUGAAGCAGACACAUUGGAACGUACCGCAGCGGCAAUCAGAGGCCGUACUGGGCGUAUUGCUGUUGUGGUCGCGGCGGAAAUGGAUAAUUAUGAGCCUUGUAUUUACACGAAACGAGUUUUGGAGGCAGUGAAGGUGCUGAAUGAUCAGGUGAUGCCUAAAUUCACACAGAGGGUCCAGGUGGCAGUUCAAACAAUUUUGAGUGGCCAGCAAGGACAACCUGCGAAAGAACUGGAUGAAAACGAAUUUAUUGACGCUUCCCGUCUGGUCUACGAUGGUGUGCGUGAAAUUCGUCGUGCCGUACUUAUGAAUCGGGCCGACGAAGACUUAGACCCUGAAGAUGUGGAGCUUGAUGAAAAUUACACAUUAGAAACCAAGAGCAAAUCAAGUGCCCAUACAGGAGAACAUAACGUGGAUGAAUAUCCGGAGAUAAGCGGUAUAACGACAGCUCGCGAAGCCAUGGGCAAGAUGCCUGAGGAAGAUAAACAGAAGAUCCUCCAACAGGUGGAAUAUUUCAGGAGCGAGAAGCUCAAGUUUGACAGGGAAGUGGCCAAGUGGGAUGACACGGGCAACGACAUCAUCGUUCUGGCGAAACACAUGUGCGUCAUCAUGAUGGAGAUGACCGACUUCACCAGAGGUCGCGGCCCGUUAAAAACCACAAUGGAUGUCAUCAACGCGGCGAAAAAGAUAUCCGAAGCCGGCACAAAGCUGGAUAAACUCACCCGGCAAAUCGCAGACCAGUGUCCAGAAAGCUCAACGAAGAAAGAUUUGUUGGCGUAUUUGCAACGUAUAGCGCUUUACUGUCAUCAAAUGAACAUCACCUCCAAGGUGAAAGCUGAUGUGCAAAAUAUCAGUGGUGAGCUAAUUGUUUCAGGCUUAGAUAGUGCCACAUCAUUAAUUCAAGCUGCUAAAAAUCUGAUGAACGCUGUCGUUUUGACAGUUAAAGCGUCGUAUGUUGCCUCAACAAAAUACCCAAGACAACAAGGAACCGUUGCCUCUCCAAUUGUUGUAUGGAAGAUGAAGGCUCCCGAGAAGAAGCCUUUAGUGAGGCCUGAGAAGCCUGAGGAAGUUCGUGCCAAAGUCAGGAAAGGGUCACAGAAAAAGGUUCAGAACCCGAUCCACGCAUUAUCGGAAUUCCAAACAGAAUCUGUUUAAAAAGGGUGUUCUCGGUAACCUACUUUUUUUCUGUGGUAUUUUAUAUUUAUAUUUUUAUUUAUAUAUGAAAAUCAUCAAUCAAUCCCUUUAUUGUUUUAGUUGCUUUAAAGUAAUGGUGUCAAUUUUUAAUCUAAAUAGAUUGUAUUGGUAUUAUACAUAUCAACAGUCUAUGUCCCUCUCAGAGCCUUCUUUAGUAUUACUGAUCAUAUAUUAAUAUUUAGAAAUUAAUAUCGAAAUAUAUAUUUAUUGAACAAAAUAUUUAAGUUCAUAUUAUGUCAAACAUACCCCUCUUACUAUGUUUAGGUAUUUAGCUCAAGACUGUCAGUCCAAAGCAAAUUUACUGGCUGUUUUGGACUUCUUCGGUUUUUUAAUAUUCCUUGCAUUUAUUAAUUAUAAGGUAGUGUCAUUUCUAUCUUCUUUUUUAGUUCCAUAAGUGUGUAGUAUAGAGCUUGAUCAUUGAAAGAAUUAUUUUAUACUAUUGGAUCAUUUACAUAAAAUAAAGACAAAAACAUGGAAA